AUGUAUUUGGUAAAUAAACAUGAAAAAUCUCCAAAAUUGUUAGCCAUAUAUAUUGAUAUCAUCAUAAGAAGAGAGAAAGGAGGAAUGGAAAUAGAAAGUGAUAAAAGGUUGACCUAAAUUGUUUCUCUCUUUAAAUUACUUUAUCAACGAGAUAUUUUUUUUAACCAUUAUCACAAACUAUUAUCCAAAAGAUUGCUCAAUCAAUAGAUUUAAAAUCUCUAAUUAGAGAAGUAACUUAUUUAAAAAUUCAAGGGCGAAGUUGGUACAAAUGUUCUGUAAUAUUUUUAAUUAUUCUUAGAACAAAAUUAUCUACCAUGAUUCAAGAUAUUGAAUUAUCAAAUAGAUUUAACAUUAAUUAAUCAAUCAGCAAAAAUAUCCAAUUUGACUUAAAUGUGGUUUUGCUUACUGAUGGGUGUUGGCCUAUUACUAAUAUUUAAGAUAAUAUCAUUAGGCCACUUAAAAUUUAGAAUAUUUUGGAGUAUAGAUUUACUUAUUGUUUUUUAGGAAUUACGAAAAAAUUUUUGAAGAUCAAAACAAAGGAAGAAUACUCGAAUGGUACUUUAAUUUGGGACAGGGAGAAUUGAUAUAUAAAAUGUAAACAGAAAAAUACUUCUUGAAUGUGAAUACAAUGUAAAUGAUUGCUUUCCUUUAAUUCAAUAAAGCAGAUUCAUUCUCUAUCAAAUAAAUCUUAGAUAUGACUAAUAUUGAUAAGUAAAUUUUAGAAAAUUCAUUGAUCCCUUUUGUUUGUAUGAAGAUAAUAACGAGAGAAAAAUAGGACAUUGAAGAUUUUUCAGAUGAAAAUGAAGUUCUAAAAUUAAACAUGAGUUUCACAAAAAGGGCCAAAAAAAUUAAAUUAUUGCCCAAUUACAAGAUGUAGCCAAAAAGAGCUGUAAAAUCAAUAAUUGAAAUUUUUAGAAUAAUGACACUGAGGAAAAUGAGGAAAAUGAGGAGAAUUAACAAUCAUACAAGCAAAGGGAAUUAGUUGUGGAUUCUUAUCUCGUAAGAUUGAUGAAAAUAAAAAAACAAUUAAUCAUCAUGAAUUACUAUAAAAUUGUUAAUCUAUGAUCUCUAUUUUUAGACCAGAUUAAUAAUUCAUCAAAAAUAGAAUAGAAAGUUUGAUUGAGAGAUCCUACAUAGUAAGAGAUGAAACAGAUUUGUAUUUAUUAAUUAUCUAAAUUAUUUAGGAAUGUUUAUCAUUAUCAGAAUUGA